AUGAACAAAUGUGAUGUCAGUACAGAUCUUAAACAAGAUUCGAUACACAAUAACUCGUUAUCAAAAAUGACUUUCAGAUUUGCCGUUCUCGCCGCCGUAUUGGCCAUCGCCAACGCCGGAUAUUUGAGUGCUCCGAUUGCCGCUCAUGCAACUUACGCCGCUCCUGUGGCUUCCGUUGCUUACGCUGCUCCACAUGCCUACACCACCCAUACCGUAUCUCCGGCUCUCGUAAGCCAACACGCUAACGUUCUCAGAACGCCAGGAAAUUUGGGACAAGUUUCGACUUAUUCAAAAUCCAUAAACACUCCAUUCUCUAGCGUGACCAAACACGAUGUCAGAGUAAGCAACGACGCUCUUGCCUACACUCAUGCUCCAAUUGCUUACGCUCAUGCUCCAGCUGCUGCUUACGCCGCACCCAUUGCUAAAGUCGCUGCCGCUCCAUUCACCUACGCUGCUCCAGCUGCCUAUGCCGCUCCAAUCGCUAAGGUUGCUGCUGCUCCAGUUGCCUACGCUGCUCCGGCUGCCGUUGCCAAAAUCGGAGUUGCUUACUCUGCCGCUCCAGCCGUUGCCCACAUGGCUUAUUCCAACGGAUACGGUAUCCAAUACAACUGGUAA